UCUGCGGUUUUUGGAUGCUGCUCGGUGAUGAAACAGAGAGAGAAGAGGCGAAUCCGCAUCACUGGGAAUCUGAUUUUACGGAGCAGGAAGCAACAGCCACUUCACAGAAAGAAACACAAUCACUUUAAACAUGGAAAAGAAACAGACCAUCAACUUCGGUGCUGGACCUGCAAAACUACCACAGUCUGUGCUGUUCCAGGCGCAGAGAGAACUGCUGGACUAUAAUGGCAGCGGGAUCAGUGUCCUGGAGAUGAGCCAUCGGUCGUCAGACUUCACCAAGAUCGUGAACAUCACAGAGAACCUGUUACGGGAGCUGCUGAGUAUCCCAGACAACUACAAAGUCAUGUUCCUCCAGGGGGGCGGGACAGGCCAGUUUAGUGCCGUCCCCCUCAACCUGAUUGGUCUAAAGGAGGACAGGUGUGCUGAUUACAUAGUGACGGGCACCUGGUCGUCCAAUGCUGCCAAGGAAGCUGAGAAAUACGGCAAGGUCAACGUGGUGCACCCCAAACUGGACACCUACACCAAGAUCCCUGACCCCAGCAGCUGGUCGUUGACCCCUGGAGCGUCCUACGUGUAUUACUGCUGCAACGAGACAGUGCACGGCGUGGAGUACAACUUCACCCCGGACACCCACGGAGCCGUCCUGGUCUCUGACAUGUCCUCUAACUUCCUGUCCCGACCCGUCGAUGUUUCCAAGUUUGGGCUGAUCUUCGCUGGGGCUCAGAAGAACGUGGGCUGUGCUGGUGUUACUGUGGUGAUCGUGAGAGAGGAUCUCAUUGGCCGUGCCCUGACGGAGUGUCCCAUUGUCCUUGACUACCAAGUGCAGGCUAGGAACAACUCUAUGUACAACACACCACCCUGCUUCAGUAUCUACAUCAUGAGUCUGGUUCUGGAGUGGAUAAAAAGCAACGGAGGUGUUGACGCCAUAGAAACGCUCAACAAGAGGAAGUCCAGUAUGAUCUAUGAUAUCAUCAACUCCUCCAACCACUUCUACGCGUGUCCGGUGGACGUGGCGUGUCGUAGUCGUAUGAACGUUCCGUUCCGCGUGGGGAAGAAACAGGGAGACGAAACUCUGGAGAAGAUGUUCCUGGAUGGAGCCUCCAAACUGGGCAUGAUCUCACUGAAGGGACACAGGUCAGUGGGAGGUAUACGUGCGUCUCUCUACAACGCCGUGACAGUGGAAGACGCUCAGGCUCUGGCCAAUUACAUGGAGGAGUUCCUCAAGGAGCACCAAUAGGAGAAGGCCAUACAGCAUGCUGGACCAAUCAGAGCAGGCCAUGCUGCUGGGUCUAUGGGACCAGGGUUCAGUAAGGUGAAACAUUCAUAACGUUACAGAUAGAAAUAUACUGAAUAGAGCUGACACGAUUCCCUAUUGUACCUGACAGCCAAUCAUAUCUGUUCUAUUGUACCUGACAGCCAAUCACAUAUGUUCUAUAUGAUACAUUUCUGACUGUUUUGUAACGUUGAACUUUCCUGAACAUGACCCCACACUGAUCCCAGACCACAUGCUGUAUCAACUCAACACACUGACCCCAGGCUACGUGCUGUAUCAACUCAACACACUGACCCCAGGCUACAUGUUGUAUCAACUCAACAUACUGACCCCAGGCUACAUGUUGUAUCAACUCAACACACUGACCCCAGGCUACGUGUUGUAUCAACUCAACACAAUGACCCCAGGCUACAUGUUGUAUCAUCUCAACACACUGACCCUAGGCUACAUGUUGUAUCAUCUCAACACGCUGACCCCAGGCUACAUGUUGUAUCAACUCAACACACUGACCCCAGGCUACGUGCUGUAUCAACUCAACACGCUGACCCCAGGCUACAUGCUGUAUCAACUCAACACGCUGACCCCAGGCUACGUGCUGUAUCAACUCAACACGCUGACCCCAGGCUACGUGCUGUAUCAACUCAACACACUGACCCCAGGCUACGUGCUGUAUCAACUCAACACGCUGACCCCAGGCUACGUGUUGUAUCAACUCAACACGCUGACCCCAGGCUACACGCUGUUUAAACUACUGGCCAGUCAGUCGUAGAUCAUCUCCAAUCUCUCCAGACCUUUUAACCUCUCCCUGUGAUACCAGUAGUAGAGUCCAUGGGUUCAGCAGAGCUUCUGGUCAGUAGUAGUAUACUAUCUAAGGAAUAGGGGGGCUUUUUUUGGGAUGGACACUAUAGUGGAUGUAGCGGUGGUGAGGUGCACCUUUUGCAAGAGUGUAGGAAAGGCAGUGUUACAAUGCCUUAACCACUUUUAUAUUGUCUCCCUCUCGCUCGUUAACUCUAGCUGUAUCGAGUUAGUGAUUUUGCGUAGAUGAUCAGUGCUUUUAUUUACAUAGAUAAAUGUUUAAUCUGUUUAUCUGUCUUAAAGUGUAAUUGACAUUCCAUUAAAUAAAAACGAACUCAGCAACUUG